AUGGCAAAUCGUAUCUACGAACUCGCCCUAGCGGACACAAUGCAACAACUUGAUGGUGGUCGGAUCCGUCUAAGAUACGAGUUACUCAAGCUCAUUCACAUUGACAUGCAGCACACCAUCAUGGACCGUUGCCCGACGACUGAGGAACUCAAGAGCUGGCAGGUCAAGUUAGAUGAAUACCGGAUAGCAGAGCAUGGAAAGCGCAAAUACUGGGGUCUUGUCCAGACUUGUCAAUUAUUGCGUCAGGAGUUCCGCCCUCUACAACAUAGAACUCUACCUUUCACCAUCUCAGCGCAGUAUCUUGAUCGAUACCUUUGCGAUUUUGGCACAACAGAGGAUGCAUUGGCUCUUGGAAAGUCGCUCAAGGCUAUCGUCAAGCGACCCCUCAUUUCGGAUGUGGGGUUGGAUAUCCUGCCGCUGCUGAGAAAGCUUUCCAAGCAACGGGGGUCGCUUCCUUGGCUUACUGAGCCUUACCUUGGAAACGAAAGCCGUUGGAAUACUAGCGACCUGCUCACUGCUUUGGUGAAAAGUUGGGCCAAACCGCCAAAGGGUCUCGAGGCCGUUGAGCGUGACAUUGCCUCUGUCACUCUGACAAUGGGCAAUGUCCACGACACCCCCGGCGCUCGUAACCGGCCAUCUCUGAUCAUUGGACUACGCUGCGCCUGUUUCAUCGAUCUCACGCCUGAUGAGAAAGCCGCAACCAUGCUCGGGUUUAUCAAGGCGACCGGGAUGGAGAAAUUUCGUCACUUCAUCACGGAGUUCCGCUGUUGUGGAAGGCGCUACACAUGGCAAACGCCUGGAGGUCAGUCCGGGGCAACCGAAUCAUCGAUGCAGAUCUCUGAAGUCCAAGACGAGGAUUAG